AUGACGGUAUCGAACGAGCUGAUGGCAGAGGUGGCACAUGCCGUGGUGGCAGAGGUCAACGAAACAUUUGGAGAGGAGGCUGCAUCAAAGCUGCAAUCUUACAAGCUGAUCCAACAUAUGGCUCGGGGGUAUAUUACUGGGCACGCAGCUAUCACGACUCGAAAAAUUUUAGCUGAACUGCCUGAACACCAAGCACCUGUGCCAGUUACUUGGGUUGACAUCGGAUUGGAACAAGAAUAUCCGUGCAUUCUGUACUCUAGCUAUCUUCGGGCACUAGCAGAACGGAACAGGAUGGAUGUACUUACUCAAGGUGUUGACCUUGAAGCUUUCUGGGGCAAGAUGCAACCAUUGCUUCCGAAGCAUCCAAUCUUCGAGCUGCCUGCAAGUGCAAGGGCUUAUACUAUUCCUCUUUUCCUCAUUGGGGACGAAGGCCGUGGAUACAAGAAGUCAGCUGUGUUCGUGUUGGGAGCAGAGCCAGUUCUCGGCACUGGCUGUGAUGCAGAAGACACCCAGACAUCGCAAGAUGAUAUGAAAAUGAACUUCCGUGGAAACACCACCCUUACCAGGCAGCUGUUUGCAUGCAUUCCCAAGACUGUGUAUGCCGACAAUGCCGAGCCCCUGCACAAACUUGUAAACAUCUGGGCAGAUGAUUUUGCAAACCUCUUCAAUAAUGGCCUGGAUAUCCGCAGCGGCGGCUGCACGCAGACAUGGCGAAUCGCCGUUUUAGGGCUGAAAGCUGACUGGCCAGCUUUGGUGGAAUAUGCCAUCUGUGUAUGGCCAAUACACAGCAAUGUCCUACUUGGCACGAAUGUUACACUUUGGGAUUUCCGAGUAACAGGAUGUGAUGCAAGGGGUCUGGACAAGAAUCUGGCCCACUUGUAUAAGGAAAUGAAAGCUUUCUCUGCUGACCGAAAUCUUUAUCUGCACAUGAACAAUUUGACGAAGGGGCUGGUGGGAAUAUCUUCGGCAGCAGACUUCCCGGUUGGGACAUGGUUCAAGGGAGCUGAUACAACAUUCGUCCUCAAAUUUCUUGUCUUCAAGUUCGAGACUGUAUUGGCAUCCGAAGUUCUGCAGGGCCACGAUCGGCUUUACUUCGCAGCAAUUCUUGAUUGCUUGCAAGCUUCUGAUGCAUUCUUGAGCUUGCUUUACAAAGCCGGGCUUUUUCUGGAAAAACGACGACUUGCGAGGGUUGUGCGACAUGGGCUGGCAAUGGUUUCUGGAUACAGUCGGUGUGCAGCACUGGCAAACGACAGGUCCCUUGCUCGUUUCAAACUGACCCCGAAAUAUCAUAUGCUCAUGCACAUUGUGCACCAAUUGCAGGUGGACAAAGAUCGUGGCCGCUCACCUCUCAAUCCCUUGUCGUACUCUUGCCAAAUGCCAGAAGACUUCAUCAAUCGCAUUGCGACUUUGUGCAGGAGUGUGAGUCCUCGUUUUGUGGGCGAGAGAGGUUUAGACCUCUACAAAAUCGCACUCGCAAAGGUGUGGUGA